CAGGAGGCUAACAUUUAGCCAACAAGCAGUUCAGCAGCAGCUGUAGCUCGUAAAGGAAAAAAAAAAAAAACCUCGUGCUCCGUCUACAAAUCAAUGACAAGAGCAUCAAACUUACAAAUAUGCUGCCUGGAUAGUGACUGCCAAAUUUCUAUUUCCACCCAUCUUUGUCGCCUUUAACGCUCCGUGAAGUUAUUAGUGAUCCGAAACUUAACUGUGAGGCAAUGGACCCAGAUAGACUGAAGCGAAAAGAGGAAAUCCAGAAAGCAAUGAGUUUUAUUCAGUCUUCAUUGCCUUUCCCAGAGCCAGAGAAUUAUGAGGCUUUCUUGACCCAGUUGGUAUGUAACCUCCUGGAUGAGGGAAACUCCUGUUUCCGAGAUGGUGACUACCGUCAGGCAGCCCAACAGUACAGAGAAGGGAUCAGUGUCGCCCGUUACGCCCAGGCUGAGGCCCUUGUCAUUCCCCACGAUUUGCUGAAGAGUCUCUACGUCAACCGGGCUGCCGCCUUCUACCAAAUUAGGGAAUAUGAGCGUAGUGUUCAGGACUGUGAGAGUGCGCUGUUUGUGUCCGAAGGCAGUCGCAGGGCUCUCUACCGCAAGGCACUCUGCCUGAGGGAAAUGGGACGACUCAGAGAGGCCUACGAGUGCGGCACCAAAUGUCUGCUCACGGAACCACAUGACAGGCAGGUGUGUGAUCUGGCUCAGGAUCUGGCCAAUAAGCUGGGCCUAAAGGGCCGUAAAGCCUACAUCAGCCACACUGAGUCCACAUCCACAGAGAGAGAGUGUCUUGGCGAGACAGCUCCACCCACUGGAGAGUUGUCCUCCAAUGGGAUGGAGUCUCUGGGUGACAUGGGGCCAGCAGACCUGUCUAAUGCUCAGUGCAUCCCUGCACCUCUGGCCACGCCCAUCCCAGUCAGUGACGAUCCCUCUGUCCUGACACCAUGCACGGACCUAUCCGAAAGCCCCAGCAGCCAGUCCCUUCUGCCGAUGCCAUACUCUGUCCCCGUGUCUGAACACAUGGACGAAUGCAGCAGCAUAAUCAAAGAUGAGCUCGACAGUCUCCUGGAAUGCAUACCCAAGAAAGUCAGCGAGAGUCCAGUAGGCGCCAUCCCCACUAACCUUCCAAACACAGCAGUGGGGCUACGGCCUCCUUACUCCCCCAAUCUCUCCGCCCCAUCAGCCCAACUCGCCCCCACCUUUUUCGGCUCCUCUAUCAGUGACCUUCCCCCACUGGAGGCUUACUCGCCGCUGGCCCAGCGAGACCAGGACUCCACCCAAGCGCAGGACGCUCUGGGAGGCUUCUCAAGUGGAGCCAUGGAUGGAGAGGGGAAAGCUGGAGUCAUUUCUGGUGGACUCGACUCUUUAUCAGAGUACACCCUCCCUGGGGGACGAGUGUGUCACAGCUUCAUCCCUGGGAUGCGCAACCAUGGCUCUGCACAAGCAAAUGGUCCAGCAGGAACAAACCUCUCGUUGCUGUCCAGGAAUCCUCUGGCUGGCACACACGACUUCCGUCAGGCCUGUCAUGCCUGUUACAGUCGAAUAGGUCCGCGGGUAAUGGACUACAAAUAUCAGCCAGAAGCAGCACAUCGAUGCAAAAGGGAUGUUCUCCUGUGUCGCCUCAAAAACACAGAUGACCCCACCUGGAAGAGGAUUCGGCCCCGGCCUGCACGGAACAACUUCUUAGGGGCCUUUGUACUUUGUAAAGAGGUGCAGGAACGCCAGGAGUGCCAAUACGGUGAGAACUGUACCUUUGCAUACUGCCAGGAGGAAAUUGAUGUAUGGACACAGGAGCGGAAGGGCGCACUGAGCCGAGAACUGCUGUUCGACCCUCUGGGGAGCACGGAGAGACGUGCACUCAGUGUCACCAGACUGCUGCAGCUCCACAUGGGCAUGUUCAUGUUCCUCUGUGAGGAAUGUUUUGAUAGUAAGCCCCGCAUUAUAAGCAAGCGCAGCAAAGAAAACUUGUCAGUUUGUUCCAACCUCACAGCUCGACACCCGUUUGAUGACAAUAAGUGCCUGGUGCAUGUGGUGCGGUCAGCAAACGUGCGCUACAGCAAGGUGCGCCCUCUCCACCCCCUCUGCCAGUUUGAUGUUUGUCGCCACGAGGUUCGCUACGGCUGCCAGCGUGAGGACAGCUGCUCCUUUGCGCACUCUGUCAUAGAACUCAAAUGUUGGGUACUUCAACAAGACACUGGCAUUACCCAUGAAGAGAUGGUGCAGGAGUCCAAAAGACAUUGGCAGAGGCUAGAGCAGAAUGCACAAAAGCAGCAGAAGCCCAUCCAUUUUCCCCACCCGAGCAGCAGCAUGCCUAUCGGGGGAAUGGGGGUUGGAGCAGGGGGCGUCGGGGGAGGAGACUGCAUCGUUGGGGGUGGCGUCCCUUCUGUGGGAGGGCUAGGAGCGCUAGGAGGCGGCGCUGGGCGGGGCCGUCCCCUCAACCUGAAAAUGAAGUUUGUGUGCGGCCAAUGCUGGCGAGAGGGCCAGGUGAACGAGCCUGACAAGAACCUCAAGUACUGCACUGCCAAAGCGCGACAUAGCUGGACGAAGGAGCGGCGAGUCUUGCUGGUGAAAUCCUUUGAGAAGAAGAAAUGGGUGGUUGUUCGGCCUCUCCCGUUUUCCCGCACCUAUCCACAGCAAUAUGAUAUGUGUGUACACGUGAUGAAGCAGAAAAAGUGCCAUUAUAUUGGCAACUGCUCGUUUGCCCACAGCCUGGAGGAGAGAGACGUCUGGACGUACAUGAAGAACAACAGUUUGAGAGACAUGCAACAGAUGUACGAGCUGUGGCUGCAGCUCACCAAUCAGGGUAGGCGCACAGACAGUACCGCAGUGACCCCGCCCCCAGAGGACAAGCAGGUCACCAUAACAGCGGACUACAGCGAGAGCAUGGGAGGCCGCCGGUUGUCGGACGGGGACGAUCUCUGAGAGCGGAUCACCACAGAGUUGCCGACAGUGACCGGAGACGGAACGGCCGGCCGCACCGGCUCCAACUGAGCAGCCUGUCAUCUCAGUUUAUCUCUUGCCUUGUGGGAGCUGAUGUAAACACAACACGCACAUAAACACACACACUGUCGCACAUUUACACAGCACGAGCCACAAAUCUCAGCCAUCAAUCAACUCUUUGAAGAAGCUUUGUUUCCUCAGUACCUCUUAAGUUCCCCUCUGUCAGAUGGCACUGCAGGACACAUUUACCGUUGACUAAAGUAAUAAUCAUGAAGUACAGAGGACUCAAAAUGUGUCUCCACCAGACCCCUCCUGUUUUUUUUUUUUUUUUGGUUUAAAUCCUCGCAGCACCAGAGCAAUUCUCGAAUGAGCGCGCUGGCCGCGGUUCUUAUGUUUUCCUUGGCAAUAAUGAAAAAUGCUCUCGGACGAAUGGAGCUUCAAUGCUAAAAGUUAUUUUCCACUGAAUAGUGCCAAAAGGUAAAACGCUCACCGUGCUGACGAAGGCUUAUUGACACCCAAUUAAGAAGGGUCUGGUGGGCACGCUGAAUUGAGCUGCAGUGUGACUAAAUCCAACUCUCUCUGCCUUUGUAGCCAUAUAGGGAGAGGGUCAAAAUGUUUUUGUUUUCAUCGGGAGCUGUACUUCCUCGUGAUAUUGUCUGCCAUAUUGGUAGAGCACAAUGAAUGUAAUCCCUGUACGGGCCUUUAAAAUGGGGAAAAUCGAUCAAUCUGUAAGAAAAACGCGCUGUUGUUGUUAAAGUGUGUAAGUCUUUACAUUUCUAAAAUCAUGAGCAAAGUAAUGGUUUCCCCCUCUUUCCCACUUUGAGAGGUGGCUGUAUCACACGCGUGCGCGCACAGACACACGCACAUACACAGACACACACACACACACACACACACAGGUGGUUUAAUUCUACUGAAAACAUCUUGGGAGAAUUAAUCUACACAUCACUAGAAUGAAAUACAAAGAAAGGAGUUCUGGUAUGAGAAAUAAUGACCUCAAUUGGACUGAAUCACAGUGUCAAUGCUGCCCAUGCAGAAGACCUCUGUUGUAUUUUAAGAAGGAAUAGCAAUUUAAGGCUGGAACUAAGAAGAAUAAAUGAAUUUAAAUGAUUUAACCAAAUGAAUAUAUUUUACAUGUUAGAAUAUUGAAGCUAAUUUGAAAGAAAUGGCAAGUUGACACUUUCAGUCCUAUUGGGGCUGUUAUUUCCUACCAUUUAGUGGUCUUGAUGGCUAAAAGAAGAAGAGUCGGGGAUUCAGAUUAUUAUUAUUUUUUUUUUUUGUGCCUCAUGCAUAUGCGCACACACACACACACACACACACAAUCAGGAUUAUCUGCCUGCUAUAUCAUUUAAGCCUUUAAUGCAAACAGGCACCAUGGAAUAAUGUCUAUAUUGAAAACACACACCAUUUUUACAUAUAAUGCUAUACUACUAAUAAUUGAUAACUUAGCAAUCAAGCUUAAUAAAUAUAUAACCAGAAAACUGUUUUGACCAUAGAACUUUCUUUUAUUGAGGUAUUGCUAUAUGACAUGUAUCGCUGAACUACAUUACUAUAGUGAUUUAAAAAAAAUAUAUAUUUUCUUUUUACGUUGUAAUUUUUCCUUCUGUGUGGGUUGUUUCAGACAAAUGAUCGGGUUGCAGCUGAAAUGGAUGAUUUGCCUACUUAAGUGCUGCACACUGUAACGUGUGUAUGUUGUAUUCAGCGUUAUUAGCUGUGCCAAUGAGCCCUCAACUGGAACAGCCCACCGUUUAGCUUCUUUGAGGGAUCGCAUUAUUACUACUACUACCCUUAGUAUUAUGAAUAUGAUAAUGAUUGCUAUUGACUAUUUCUCUUCUAUAUGCUAUCAAUUAUAUGUACGUUUAUUGCAAUGUAUACCUAUAUAUGUAUCAUGUAUGAAUAUAAUGACAGUAAAUACACGUCUGUGUAUGCAGCCUGUUGGGGAGGCAGUAAGCAGACAACAAAAUGGACGUCCUAAUGCUAUAAUCUAUUUCUGUAGACCUAAGGGUAGCUGUUAACGAUGUAGGGAGUGUUUUGCUCUCCAUAUGACGGGUAGAGUUAUCUGCUCACUGCCUGUGCUGUGCCAUUUUGGCUCUAAAUGACUUUGCCAGACAACAAUUGAUCUGGGAAUCAUACACAGAUGCUUACAGGUGCUUCUCAAUAAAUUACAAUACUGUAGGAGAGUUUAUUGUAUUUCAGCAUUGCAAUUCCAAAACUGAAACUCAAAUUAUACAGAUUCUUUCAACACAAAUACUUUUCAGAAAGCAAAUUCCAAUGUCAUAUUAAAAUAUUUUUGACUGUUUAUGUAACAGUCUAAUUUCUUGGAGAUGGUAAAAUGUUUUUUUUUUUUUUUUCGGUAGCUGUCAGCUAAAACUGUAAAAAUAACUAAUCAAAUCAUAAAGGUUUUCUGUGUAGUGAUUCUGGUUUUAAAUUUAGUUGCAGAAAUAAGUUUGUUUGUUCUAAUUUAUUGAGAUGCACCUGUUCAGAUGAAUCUCCUCCUGCAUAGCGCCUUAUUUGAUAUAGUACACUUAUAAAAAUGAUACAUACCCUUAUUGUAUAACCCCGCUUACUAUAUACAGUACAGUAUAAGAUACCUGAUAACCUAUUAUAAUACUUAAGCACCCUGGUAAGAUAAGUUAGAUAAGUGAUGGUGGAGUUGUGUUUUUAGUGGUUUGGUAGAAUUAACUGGGCUGGGUAGAUUGAACCACACCUUAUAUUUUAGUUCAUAUUUCAAUUUAAACUCCAUUGUGCACUGAUUUGCGAUCAUCCUAUGGAGGUAUGGAUAAUGUUAUUAUACUAGUAUGCCUUUUUUCUUCUCCCCUGCGAACGUUCAAGUUGACAGCACUGUGCUGGUUAAGUGAUUUGUUUCAUUUGUGCAUUUUUUUUUUUUGCCUCAAGUGUUUGUUCUGACAAGGUUGUGUGUUUAUCUCUAGUAAUACAACAUCUUCAAGCCAGACAGUACAAACCUCACUGCUAUCUGUGUAACCAACCACCACCUCACACCUUCAUUCGAUUCCUGGUACAAACUCACCUACUGAGCUGAAAGUGAAUCAUGUCAAUCAGUUCUAAGAAAUUAUUGGUUAUUUGAAUAAAGAAUUACUUUCAUCAAAUCAAAAGAAAGAAACCAGGGUUGUAAAGUGGACAGACAAGGCCUCUCUUGUUUUUUUUUGUACUGUACUUUUUUUUUUUUAUUACAUUGGGUUUUUUGUUUUAUUGACUUUGUUUUCUCUCCUCCCUGGUUAGAAGUUAAUAAAUACCCAAGUGGACCAAAUCUCUUGAAAGCAUUUAAUAAAC